UUUAUAUUAUAAUACUUACCAUAAUAAUUAUUAUCAUUAUAAUAGUAAAACUAUUAAAUUUUUUCUUAAACAAUGACAUCUUUAAAGUUUGUCCUAAAGUACUUGUUAUUAUUUUUUGCCAUCAUAUGUGCCAAAUCACAUAGAAAUACAAAACAAAAUACUAGUAUUGUGAAUGAUCUUUUUAAAUGUAAAGGAUGGAAAAAUUUUAAACAUGUAAAAAGUGUAACGUACUUAACGAAUAUAUAUGAUCUUUCGAGUAUUAUUCAAGACAAAAUAUCUACAGAUGAUUGUAAUAAAAAAGUAAGAGUUGCAACUAUUUUCCUUGGUUGUAAAUAUGGAUAUAUUUUAGAAGACAUUGUAAAUUCUGUCGGUUAUCAACGACUAUUCUGUGGCCAAAUAACGAGUAACAAAUCUUAUAAAUCACAAGAUCACAAUUGCACUGAAAAAUUAAUAGAACUAAUAUUCAAUAUAACUUUAUUUGCAAAAAAACUGCAAGGAGCCUUGUAUGCUAUAGAUAAUUUACAUUCUAUUAAAUGGCAACUUAGUACUACGAAACCUAAAAUUAUUAUGAAAUCAGUGUUUGAGAAGUUCAAAAAUUUACAAAACCAAGUAAAUAAAUAUAUCGCGUUGGGAGAUGAUUUGAAAGACGACAAAAAUAUAAUAAAUACUAUAAAAAUAUACAUAAGCCGGAUAAAAAAAGAAUUAAAAUUUGAAAUCAACCGUUAUUGUAAAUUGGAAUUGAGCAUUAAUUUCUUAUAUAUUCAAAUAUUGAAGAAUGAAUACACAAAUGAUAUCAAUAAAUGUACAAAAAUAUUUAAAUCUGGCAGUGAAAUUAUAAUAAGUGGUAUCAAGGAGUUAAUUAUCGAAAAUUUUACCAAUUUAGUCUUCGAAUUUAAUUCAAAAACUGAGGAAACAUUCAUUCCAGAUUCAUUAUGUCAUCUUUUUGAAGAUGAUAAACCACGUGAAUGAAGAAUUUGAGCUAGAAUCAGAAGACUAUACUAGAAAAAUACACGAAAUUUAUAAAAUUGAUUUAAAUAAUUUUUUCAUUAUGUAAAAAUAUAACUUAGCAUAAAAACAUAACUUUUAGUUGAAUCUAAAUAUCAUUUGUGAAAUAAUUAAAAAUAAAGUUUAUAGGGAAAGAAUUAAUAAAGAAGAAUGAUAAUAGCAUCAUUUGUAAAGACAUAAUAAAUACAAGUACUUUAAUUUCUAGUUAUUACUUGAUUAGUGUAGUUAGUGUUUUAAAAAUACUCUUACCUGAUAUCCGCUGGAACAGUAAUGAUCUCGGCUGGUGAUUUAUAGUUGCUUAAGGAGUCUGUUAAAUUAUAGAGGAUGCGUUAAUUACAAGAGAAUAAUUUGUGAAUUAUAUAUGCGUAUAUAUUUUUAAGUAAAGUGUUAGUUACUUUAACAGACGUAAGUUUUAAGCUAAGUAAGAAAAGUUAAACUAAAACUCAAAUCAACAUACACACAAAGAAUACACAGGUUUGGUCUGCAAGGGAAAACUAUGAUGAUAACUUGAUACACGAUAAGAAGUGAAUGAGAGAGGGGACUAUAGUCCUUAGCCCUUUUAUAAUAGGCAAAAGAGUGGUCUGUUAAUACGUGUGCAGCAUAAAUGGGGCAUAUGACUCUGAAUAUUUUUAUAAAUGAUACCUUCAACUGUUAGUCAUAUAAAUGAAAAGGUUAAAUGGUCCAGUGUGCCUUAUGACAUCAUAGUAAUCCUUAAUAGUUCGCACUAAAGGGUUAACUAUUAUUUACCACCAUAAUAUUGGUGUCACGAAAACGCGACGAAAAGUGUUGACUCAUGAUAAUUAUUGACAAACCAUUUUAACGGAAAAGCAAAAAUGAAAUGUACUUAUUAAACAGUGUAUCUUUGCAUUAUGUGAGUUAGUAAAUAUUUUGUUGACGAAUAUUACAUUUGGUACAUCAUUUCACAUGUUUUUACAAUUUAAAUGUUUCACAUUUUUAAUAUAUUUUUUCAAUAACUACAAAAAUUACAAUUAACUUUUAUGAAAAAUAAUUAUUUUUCACAUAAAAUACGCGAGGCACUAGAAUUUUGACAAUUUAAACAUAUACAGAAAUUAAGAUAACCAUGAAACAUUUAUCAGGAUUAAAAAAAAUAUAAUUUUACGGAACUUCAUACGUUUUUGCUAUUCACUUGAAAUAUUAUAUAUCUGGGAUAUUCGACAAAUAUUUUCAUUUAUAUGGAUAACCAUGGAGAACAUCAGGAAACGUAUCUCUAGUUCCAAACGUAUCAAUUAGCUCAUAAACCAACCAACUUUUAAAGAUUGUAUCAAAUACGUUGUAAGGUUAUGUUGUAAGGAUACGAAAAUAGUAAAGUUUGUCAAAACUGUAUACGUCAGUUUAGCAGUGCUUGACAUUAGCAAGACGUUAAAGUACUACUAUCACACUAAUUUUUUCAUAUACCUACUCAGAGUCCGCGACUAUUACUGGGAUUAAGCUGACAGUCCCGAUUUACUGGUGCAUUUGGAUGCAUCUAGCCUGCCCAAUGGUCACUCAAGUUACUCAGAUGCCAGAAAAAAAACGCUCAGUCUGUUUUCAGCCUAGACUGGUGGCCUCAUCCUCUUCGAGAUUGCUACUCUUCAAUCAAAGAGCUACGCUUAUGAUAGGGAAGGCAUCAAACUUAUCAAGUCAAAUGAGAUCUGCGGACACGUAGUUGGCAACCAUCUGUCUUUAGAUAAAUACAAGUGGUGUUUGUUUGAAGACCAUGACGAUGAUUCAAAAAGAGCGUUGGCUGGACAGAUUGGCCGUGCGGUCAUUGAAGCGGUACGUGGUGGUGACAAAUGUCAUCGCUACUCUAUACUCUGUAACGCCAAAACGUGUCGAUUCGUUCGCUAGAGCACGAGAUUCGCACUUUGCGUGUGACCAGGUUAGCGUUCAAUCGUUUCAAAGAUAUGUGCUACACACUUGACAAUAGAAUCAACACACUAACCCACGGGCAAUAUUAUGCCAUCAACACCAUUACCUCAACCAUCAGCAAAAGACCUAUAGUUUCGUUUAUUUUUUAGUUAUACUCGUUGGAAAAAAAUAUUGUUAAGUAUACAAAUUGAAAUAUACAGAGUGGUCUAGCGUUCACUGACAACUUAA